AUGACUGCCGACGAGACAGUACUAGUCGCCCAGUUCGCCAGGCUGUGUGCCGAGAGGGGUUUAUUGCAGGAUCGUGACGAUGUGAAAGAGGGCGAUCGCCUGGAUGGCGUCGCGGACGAGACAACUCUGCUGCGCUUUCUGCAGGCCAAACGAAUGGACCUCUCGAGCGCCCUCUGCCAGUUUGAAGAAGCAGCCCAUUUCCGCCGUGAGAAGGAUGCGCUCCGAGUAUAUGACUGGAUCAGUGUUGAUGAUUUUGAAGACACUCGCAGACUGAUUCCACACUGGACGGGUCGUCGAGGCAACCAGGGAUGGCCCAUCGUAAUGAUUGAAACAGUCCAUCUUGACCAAAAGGCAGUUGCACACUGGCGUCAGACACGAGAGCUGUCGGGCCAUAGGGGUUCACCGGACAUGGCGCAGCGAGCACUAGUGCAUUUCGAUUAUCUGACUCGGUUUGUCUUUCCACUGUGCUCCGCAUUGCGAGAUCGACCGCUGCCAUCGGAGCCGGUCACGAAGGCGAUCUACCUGGUAGAGGGAUCGUCUAUCUGUCUGCGCCAGGCGUGGAAUCUCCGAGAUUUUGCGCAGGAUCUUAGCUGGAUCCUGGCCACUUGCUAUCCAGAAACGAUCGAUCGGAUAUUCAUCUGUAAUCCUCCGUCGUACUUCGCCCAGAUCUGGAGUCUCAUGAAGAACUUUGUCGACCCGGUGACGGCAGAGAAGAUUGUCGUGUUGAACUCAAAGGAUGUCUAUGGCACCCUUAACAAGUACAUCCAUCAUGACGAUAUUCCCGCCCAGUUUGGGGGCGCAUUUCAGUUCACCACCGGGAUGCUGCCGAACCUGUGCCCCGUCACUCGUCAAGCGUUACGCUGGGCCCCUCCGUUCAAUGGGACGUUGCCUCCGGGCCCGAUCAAGUGGACGCAAGAUGCUCGUGGCCAAUUAAAAGCAGUGGCUACUGGAACGGUCGGUGGUGUAGAGAGAGAAUUGGAUGUUGCCACGUUGGAUGUUGAGGAAGAGAAAUGA